AUAUUUCCCUUCUACAAUAUUCUAAUUUUCCGAUUUACGCUCUUUGUUUUAAAUAUUGAUAAUAUUGUUCCCCUUGUGUUUUACUUCAUUAUAAAACAGGUUAUCCUGCAACUUUGCUAAUUUAACGUUUAUAAAGAAAGUUUUUCCAGUGCUUGUGUGAAAAAUUGAAAAUAGUGCACCGAAAUGUGGAGUUCAACGAAUAAAUUAUACAUAUAAAUUCGAAUAAACAUUUGCUGUACCGUCGCGUUAAAUUUUUUGGCUAAAUUUGCACAUUACUAUGAAGGGAAGAUGAAAACCUGUAAUAAAAGUUUCAGCAAGUUUAGUUGCGGAAGUGGCUAUAGAAAGUGCGACUUAAAAAGUGAAAAUCGCUGCUGUGGCUAAACAAAGAGAAGCAAAAUCGGAUUCUGCAACACUAUCUGCCGUUUUAAAAUAAAUAUCAUUUCUGUUUUCGAAUUGUGUUCAAAUCAAAUCUAAUUAGUCCAACUAGAAAAAUCUAUAAAUUUACAUUGUAGUCAAUCUGUGUGAAGAGAGUGAAGUGGGCAAGGGGAAAUUAUGUGCGGAACAGAACGGGUUUAAAAAGAGAAGAACAAAUCUGAGACCGUGAGAAGAAUACUGCGAGCAAAACAAAUGGCGAAAAAAACGUGCCUUUGGAGCUUUGGAGCAGUAAUUUAUAAGCGACACGCUCAAAAAGUUUUUUAAUACACAAUACCGGCUUGGCAAAAAAGGAUUUAUACAUUAGAUUAGAUUUUUUAGCACAUGCUAGCCGAAGACAUGGGUUAUAAAGCCAACGGAGAGGGUGUCAAUAACGGCAAAAGUCGUAGUGAUGGUCGUGGACUGGGGGAUGACGAUGAUGGGGUGGAUGAAGAAGAGAGUAACACGUUUUAUGAGGCAGUCAGUGAACCGGAUCUUUGCUUAGACGCUCUUAAAAUAACGAAUGACGUCACGUCCGUAAACAAAAUACUUACGAGUGCACCGGAUGAGGAGGAAGAUGCAGAAGAGGUUGAGGGUGCACGUUGUUUACCACAUGUGACGGAUGUUAUUGACACUGAAACCGCUUCGGCUUUGAAUGCUGAUACAUCAAUUGUUAUUCGCACCGUCAACAGCGCCGUUGACACCAGUUGCACUUUUUUAGAUAUCCAGAUGAGGGAAGACGUAGCAAGUAAAGGGCCAAAUAUUGAGGACAAAAGUGACGCAGAGCGUCCUAAGCGAAACAAGAAUUUGAAAGAUCUAAACAAAAUAAACCAAACAAUAAUGUCUGACGACCAAUUUCAGAAGCAACGCCAGCAGACAUUACUUACCACUAAAUCUUGUGAAACUCCUGCACCUUCAUCACUCUCACCAACUAAUUCUCACAGUGACAGUGGUAGUAUAGGUGGUGGUGCUCGCCGUAAAUCUUGGACACUUUCGCCUCAAAGUGGUGACUCCACACCACAAAGCGGUGCCAAGAAAAAAAUUAAAUCUACAAAUCUAAAAUCUCCAACAGCUCCAGUAUCCUCAAUAACUGGUACAGAAAAUCUUAACUUAUGGGUUGCUCGUGAAUGUUAUGAAACGGUUCCUGCAGAAACGGUUUAUGAAGUUGAUGAUGAUGUUGUAACUUUAGAUGAUGAAGAGGCAGCGGUUGAAAGUUUACUAGGUGCAGCAGCUGCUUUUCAGCCUAGCACAGUCAAUAAAGCAGUACAACGUCGGCAAAAACAUUUGCGACAGCCUCAACAUAGGCCCUUGGAACGGGCAUGGCCUCCCAGAGCUCUUGACAAAGAUUUAAAUUUGCAAGGUGAUGUUUUCAAAUUUGAUAUACUCGAUACAGAUGAACGCAUCGAUGGGUAUGGUAGACAAGUCUGCAGCUCCACAGAUGGCUAUAGCAGCGCUACAAGUAGUACGAAUAAUUCUCCUUUACUACUUUUAAACAACACAGCUCCUUCAUCCACAAGCCCACAAUAUGAAUUGCCUUCAGGCGGUAUAACGCAGACUCCGGUUAAGUUUAAACCUUUAAUUAAGAAAAAAAUUGGUCCUGAUAGUUAUAUAAACACAAUUACAACCAAAAAGGUGCCUGCUUCGGAAACUUAUGACUUCCCAACCUUCCCCGUAAAAGAUGAUACAUCUGCAGCAUUAGGAAACUCGUCACCAGCAAGUCAAUUUCCAUACAUCCGACAGCAUCGGCCGCUAAUGCGCGCCUUGUCAAAUGGGAAAGGAGCUGCACCAUGUAAUGCCAUCAAUUACGACGAUUUAGCAUGUGGUGCAAUGAAUUCGCCUCGUUUAUUGCUUUCACCAAAACGACAACGCAGCCCACCCUCUGGUUGUUCGACACGCAGUGCAUCUCCCUUGGAUGUGAACUUAAGUCCGGAAAGAAGUUCUUCUCCUACACCACAAACUCAGUUCAAAUUUGGUGUCACUGCUGGUGGUGGUGGAGGAGUACCAUCCUCCCCGGCCAACCAUAUUCGCCCCCAACAGAGGCUGCUGAAACGGGUUGGUGGUGGUAUCGGAUCAAAUCUGGUAUGUCCACCGACACCCACCCAUCAUGCUCGCCGUCAUCAACGCUUGCAGUCCAACGCUUCUGCAUUUUUAGCACAAACUGAUCAAAUGCAUUCUGGUACAGUGACACCAUAUGGGUCACCUAACAACGCGAGUAAGGGCGAGUAUAACUUGGCGACCUCGCCACCUCAUUCCUUUGGUGCUGGUGUAGGUGGUAGCCAAAUCAAUGUCACAGCGACAGAAAACAACACUUUUGACUCAGGCUUAGGGGAAUCGGGCGAUGUAAUUGGUGCAACAAAUGAAGCCUGCAGCACACGUUUGCCAUCAAUUCCCGAGCGUGGUGCCGCUGCUGGUUUCCUUCGAGGUAGUGGUAUUUUUGCUGAAGCUGAAAACGCUACAGAGCCUUUGCCGCCUGCUUGGGAAGCACGAAUGGAUAGUCAUGGACGUAUUUUCUAUAUUGACCAUACAACACGAACCACUUCAUGGCAACGGCCUGGCACGAAUGGUGGUGCAAACCUAAACGGUGCCGGACGUGAACACCAUCAUCGACAACAAUUGGACCGACGUUAUCAGUCCAUUCGACGUACCAUUACCAGCGAAAAUCGGCUCUCGAAUGCUUCUGGCUAUAGUGCGAACGAUAGUUCCGUUUGUAAUAACACUGCCAAUCAACUUGCAAACACAAUGCACAACAAUCAAAAUACCUCUAGUAAUAAUAAUUUAGGCCAUCUACAAAUGCUCAAUAUUUCGGUACAUCCAGCUGUUAUAAUGCUCUGUCGUCCAGACUUCUACUCUAUGCUGCACACUAACGAAGAUGCUUUAUCAAUUUAUAAUCGCAAUCCUGCACUUAAACAUAUGAUUAUACGUAUACGCCGUGAUCCGCAGUGUUUUCAACGUUACCAAUACAACAAGGAUUUAGUCGCAUUAGUAAAUACAUUCGCACAGCUUAAUCGAGACUUACCUUCAUGCUGGGAGACCAAACUCGAUCAAUCCGGAAAACAAUUCUUCAUCGAUCAUAAUAAUCGUAAAACAUCAUUCAUGGAUCCACGCUUGCCAAUAGAAAGUGCACGUAUAAUACGCCAACGGCAUCAACAUCCUCCUCAUCAGUCACCACAAUUACCGGCUCAUCUUUCACAUGCGCAUCAGCCACACUCACAUCAACGUCAACAGUACCAGCACCAACAAAAUUCUCAUUACGACGUUUUCGAUGGCAAUUGCAUGUCUUCCUCUGGUGUCCCACCACUGCCACCCCCAAGACCGGUAAGCAGCAUGCGUGGUCCAAAUGGGGCAAUAGGUGGCGCCAGUGGUGGUGCUGCUGGCGGUGUUGGUAAUUACGAGCAGUACAACGAGGUACCUGUUGCAUACAAUGAAAAGGUUAUAGCGUUUUUGCGUCAACCCAACAUUUUGGAAAUCUUGCGUGAACGACAUGGACAGAAUACAGUUUCACGUUCAUUGCGCGAGAAGAUCAAUAUUCUACGGGUGGAAGGUGUGCCAGCUUUGGAGAGAUUAGGUCACGAUUUGCAGCUGACCAUCCUACUGAGUCUUUUCGAACAGGAGAUUAUGAGCUAUGUUCCUAUAGAAGAACGCAGUCCACAGGGUUCGCCAGUGCUAAAUUCACGCAUGCCACAGCGGGCACCGCCACCAUUUCGGCGUGAUUUCGAGGCAAAGUUGCGAGGCUUCUAUCGCAAACUGGAGUCGAAAGGCUACGGACAAGGUCCACACAAACUGAAAUUACAUAUUCGGCGCACUCAUCUGCUGGAGGACGCUUUUCGACGUAUAAUGUCUGCCAAUAAGAAAGAUUUGCAGCGUGGACGUCUCGCUGUGUUAUGGGACACGGAGGAAGGCUUGGAUUAUGGCGGCCCCUCAAGAGAGUUCUUCUUCUUGCUCUCACGUGAGCUGUUCAAUCCCUACUAUGGUCUAUUCGAAUAUUCAGCAAACGACACAUACACUGUGCAAGUUUCACCGUUAUCGGCCUUUGUGGACAAUUGCCACGAUUGGUUCCGGUUCGGCGGUCGAGUAUUGGGCUUGGCGCUCGUACACCAAUACCUUUUGGAUGCAUUCUUUACACGCCCAUUUUACAAGGCAUUGCUGCGUUUGCCUGUUGCACUCAGUGAUCUGGAAUCGCUCGAUAAUGAAUUUCAUCAAUCGUUGCAGUGGAUACGCGACAAUGACAUUGGCACAGGCAUCGAUUUGGGUUUAACAUUUUGUGUUACCGAAGAGUUGUUGGGACGUGUGGUGGAGCGUGAAUUGAAACCGGGUGGUAAGAAUAUUAUCGUUAAUGAGAAGAACAAAAAAGAAUAUUUAGAGCGCAUGAUUAAAUGGCGUUUGGAACGUGGUGUACAAGAACAAACGGAAUCGUUGGUGCGUGGAUUUUACGAAGUGGUCGAUGCGCGUCUCGUUUCGGUUUUCGAUGCACGCGAGUUGGAGUUGGUGAUUGCGGGUACAGCAGAAAUCGAUAUUAACGAUUGGCGUUUGAACACCGAAUAUCGUUCCGGCUACCACGAUAACCAUCAGGUGAUAAUUUGGUUUUGGCAAGUCAUCGAAAAAUUCACCAAUGAGCAGCGCUUGCGGAUGUUGCAAUUCGUCACUGGCACUUCCAGCAUACCUUAUGAAGGUUUCUCGGCAUUGCGCGGUUCGACGGGCCCCCGGCGCUUUUGUAUCGAAAAGUGGGGUAAACCGAAUGCGUUGCCACGUGCGCACACCUGUUUCAAUCGCCUCGAUUUACCGCCUUAUCCAACGCCCGAGUUGCUCUACGAGAAGCUGCUGUUGGCUGUAGAGGAAACGAAUACGUUUGGUAUAGAAUAGAAAUGCGUAGUAUACAUAUAUGUAUGUAUGUAGAUACAUACGUAUGCUAUAAUACAUAGUAGUUACAGUAGCGGUUGAAUUAUUAGAAUCAGUCGCAAGUUCAUCUUAAUGAAUUAAGUUAUUUUAUUAUAAUCGUUGGUAUAAACGAAAAAAAGUGAUAUUUAUAAUUACGGUUAUUUAUUUAUUUUCGCAUUUACAUACUUACAUAUUAUAUUUGUAAUAUUUAUGUGACCAGUUGUUUGUAGAUAAAACUAAUCGAAGUCAUUAGUUUUACUGGCGUUAUGGAUUAACGUUUUUUUUGUUUUUGUUUGUUGAUCAAAUGUGUUUUUAAAACAAGAGCAAUCAUUCCAGUACAUAUUUCUUAUUUAUUUUUAUGUUAUAAUUGUUGUUAAUGAUAUUUGUGUGAAUAGUAGGCGGUUUGCCACGUACUAGCAAAAAUUUCAAAGUAUUGCAAUGCUGCUAAAGCAACGCUAGGGGUAUUCAGGCGUUAAUGCAAAAUGCAAAAUUGUAUCAACAACAAACAUUCGAAAAACAGAUUUAAAAGCCUGUUUUUACCUAUGUAUUUAUGUAUAAAAAAACUAAUCUGCUUUUGUCAAUUUUGGUGACAUUCAUUACCUUAAGUUUAAACGUUAAGCAAUUUUAAUUGCGAGAAAUUUACACGAAUAUCGUUAAAAAAGUACAAGAGUGUCUUGCUUAGAUUUCGUACAUACAUAUUUAGUACAUACGAUGCGGUUCCCACUGAAAUUUAAAAAUCUUCAGUUUAUUUAGAUCCACUAAUCAAAUAAACUCUCAAAUAAUUGCACUGCCUACAGAACAAAAAAUUUAAAUUUUUUUAUAUCUUCAAAAAACAUACUAUCUUCUCCACUUAAAAGUGAUGCUGCAUAGAUAUGUAUGCUCCGAAGUAAAUCAAUUAUAUGUGCAAUGAGUUUUUACUCCUAAAGGUAACUACGGCAUUUUGUUUGUAUACAGUUAUAAUAGCAUUUAGUUCAUAAAUACUUUUCACGCAUCAGGUAGGUGCAUUAUUUGCACCACCCUUAUCGAAAAUAAUAGUAAAUUUAAUAAAAAAUAAUUAUAUAUGUAUGUACAGCUGCGGUCAAAAUAAUGGCACGAAAUUUCAAAGUGAUAUUGUUUGCAACGUUUGUGUAUUUAUUGAUUUUUAAUUUCACAAAAAUUAAUCAAACUUUAA